AUGUUACGAAAUUCGAAUUCCUUACCAGCGAUCGCAAAUUUGAGCACUUCGAUUGAUUUCGGGCGAUUUGGUAAACGAGCACAAAUUUUCGAUUCAACAGAUGCUAUCUCAUCUGAAAAUUUCUCAAUUAAUAUAUGCCUCAGCAUACCAACGACUGAAUCUCUCAUGCAAAGAAGUGUUGCGUAUAAAGCGUCAAAUCAAGCCAGUAUCAAUUCCAAUUCAUCAGGAGAUCAUCAUAAUAUCAUUUUGCACAAUGUGGGGAAAACCAUUCACAGAACCCAUAAUCAUCUGCGACGAACUCGUCUUUUGCAUAUAUUCUACUUCAUCACUUUACUAAUUUACACUAUUAUUGGUGCAUUAAUCUUUCAAACUCUUGAUGGUGAAUAUGAUGAUGCGCUUAAAUCCAUUUACGAAAAGCGUUGCCAAGCCGACCGUAAAUUCAAGAUGGAAUCACUUAAAAAAUUUUGCAAUACCCAUUCCAAUCGUUGCUAUGAUAAAAUGAUCAGUUUUUUAAAUGAUGUAGAACAUUGCUAUCGCGCUUGGCAUGAAAUUAAUCGAACAGUACUCCAUCCAAUGUCUGAUUUUAGUAAUGCUAUCGUAUAUGCUUUCAGCGUCUAUAGCACGAUAGGUUAUGGAAAUAUGGCGGCUGACACAGUUGCGUGCCGCAUUGCUACAGUUAUUUAUGGAGCAAUUGGAAUUCCUCUUUUCUUCGCUUUUAUUAAGGAGGAAGGAGCUUUUUUCCGUUUAUGUUUCAUGAGACUUUACAAUUUUAUUAAGAAAUAUAAAUUUAAUCGCAAAUCUUUAAUAAAUUUUGGCAAUAGAGCUAUGAAGAUUAAUUCUAAAUUAAUACGUCCAGAAAAUGCGUCCAUGUUAAAACAGUCGAGUUCAGUCACUAUAUUUUUGGAGAAAGCAUCCGACCCCAAAAAUGAUAGGCGUAAGCAAUUGGCUAUUGAUAAAUUUAGUUUCGGUUCAUCUAAAGAAGGAUACACAUCAAUUCUGGAACAAAGAAGGGUUUUUUUUGCUGGUGUUUUCAUAUUUUUGGCUUAUUUAUUGGCUAUAAGUGGUUUGUUCAGUGUUAUGACUGAUUGGGACUUUUUUACUGCUUUUUAUUUUCUUUUCAGUAGUGUUGCUCUUAUUGGCUUUGGAGAUAUAUUUCCGUCCAGUUCCAAAGUUGUAUUAAUUAAUGCAUUUUUUAUUACUUUUGGAAUUAUUCUUUUUUCUAUGUGUUAUUUUAUUUUACAAGAAGAAAUAAGAGAAAAGGCCUUCGAAGCGUCGAAGAAAGCGCGUAAGAGCAUCAGCAAAUAUUCGCAGAAUUUAAUACAACACACUAGGAAUUCUUGGUCAAGAAAUACUUCAUCAGGCUUUGACGCUCAAGAAAUGAAUGUAAUAGGUGAUCGUUGUCAAGAAAUAAGCGUAAAAACUCCAUUUAAGAGAAAUCGCAAACGUCGGCAAAGUGCUCCUGCCUUUUCAUUAACCAUUCCCUCAUUCAAUUAUAGAAGGUGA